AUGGCUGUCCAGCGCCCUCGGAGGCGAUUGCGCUCCUUUUGUCUCAUGCUGGCUGCUCUGUUCUUCAUCUUCUUCUCCGUCUACAUCUCCAGCAAACCGUCGUCCAACAAUCGCUUCUACGAUGCUCACUUCACCGAAUCCCCCGUCGACCCGUUCCGUGGCCGGCAACUCGCCUUUUGGACCUCAUUUCGUGAGAUACUCGAUCGCCAUGCGCCUAAUUGUCCGUCGAUCAAUCUUGAUGGGCUUGCGCAGCCGGCUACAUUUAAUGCGCUCGAGGCCAGUACGCGACCCGACCUGGUUGUGCUCCCGGAUGAACAUCUCGAAGCGAUGAAAUCGGCUCACGCGGAAUUUGUGGAGGAGAUUCAUACAUCUAAGAUUAUAAAGCCCAUCCAUACUCCGGGGUCGCGAGGCGUAGUGUCAAUGGCAGGCGGAGCCUAUUUCCCGCUCUUUAUGGCUCAGCUACGCAUGCUCCGCCGCAAUAAUUCCACUUUGCCGGUGGAAGUGUUCUUGAGGGAUUCGAGCGAAUACGAGGAUCACCUGUGCGAAAAGGUGUUGCCGCAAUACAAUGCCAAAUGUGUCGUCCUGUCCGAUCUAUUAGGAUCAACAAAGCACAAGGGCGUCGAGAUUGAGCAUUAUCAGUUCCGCACCUUUGCAGUUUUAUUUUCAUCCUUCGAGGAGGUUGUCUGGAUGGAUGCGGAUUGUUUCCCACUAUCUCGAGUUGACGAUUUAUUGGAUUCAGAACCCUUCACUUCCACGGGACUCGUCACUUGGCCUGACUUCUCAGCAUCGACUACCUCGCAGCUCUUCUAUCAGAUUUCACAGCAAGAAAUCCCGCCAAUGACUCUCCGUGCGGCUACCAAGACCGGCGUGUUUCUUACUUCAAAGAAGACACAUUUCUUGACACUUCUUCUAGCCGCAUAUUAUAACUAUCACGGUCCGUCACAUUACUUUUCCUUGUUGCUACAAGGUGCCCCUGGCCAAGGUGACAAGGAAGCUUUUAUACAAGCGGCAUUGGCAUUGAAAGAGCCCGUCUACCCGGUUAGUGAGCGGGUUAGUGCGCUCAGCCAUACGACCGAAGGCGGCGACUUGGUGAUUUCUGCCGUAGCCCAAGCCGAUCCAAUCGAAGAUCACCAAUUAACAAAAGAAGGAAUAUGGCGCGUCAAAGAGCCAGAAACAGGCAAAGCACCACGCGUAUUCUUUAUUCAUGCUGCCCAUCCCAAAUUCGAUGCAGCCGAUAAUAUCUUUGGGUUUAGAUGGGACGGCGCCCCGGACUUCAUUCCUGGCCGCAUCUGGACUGCUGACACAGGCACAAUUCAGAGAUUUGGCUAUGACGCCGAAAGAGCGUAUUGGGAGGAAGUAAAAUGGGUUGCAUGCAAUUAUGAGAAUUACUUCCGAGCAUGGGGGUCUAAGCAUGGAGUGUGCGAGACUAUUCAGGGGCGGUGGAGGAGUCUUUUCCAGGCUCCUAGUGACGAUGGGUUGAAGUUUGGUGAGGCGGAUCGGUAG